UAUUGAGUAAAAACAAAGCCACGCUUGGACGAACACUUGAAAUUUCAGAAAUUCAGAAAUUCAGAAGAUUCAAGGCUUCAAGCUUCAAGCUUCCUCUCUCUUCUCAUCAAAAGAAGGGAGGAGAGAGAGAAACUGUACAGUUCGUCAUGCGAUCGAAACCACUAAUAAACCCAACCACAAUAACAAUUAUGCUAUCAAUCUCAAUCUUAUUCCUCCUCUUCUUCUCUGGAUUCUUCCCAUUUUCAUCAUUUGCUUCUCCUCCUCUCAGCGACCCAUCAAUCAAAUCAAGCGAACUCGACCCCUUUACCGAUUUAUUGGGUGCGUUUAGAAAAUGGGAUUCUGCAGUGGGCUGCCCUAGAUUCCGGGAAAAGUUUCAGAACUGGGGGUUUUCUAAUGGUUCAGCUUCUUUGCAAUUUAGUGACGUGGAAGGGGGAGGAGGGAUUGGGUGUGGUAAGGAGUUGAAAUUGAAGCAUGUGAAUGUGUUGGUAAAAGGAUGGACUUGGAUUCCUGAUAAUCUGGAAAAUUUGUAUGAAUGUAAAUGUGGGUUGAGUUGUUUAUGGACCAAAUCUUCUGUUCUUGCUGAUCCUCCUGAUGCCCUUUUGUUUGAAACCACCACCCCUCCUUUGCAGAGACGCAUGGGUGACCCGCUACGAGUCUACAUGGAUCUUGAGGCUGGUAGGAGACGAUCGGGACGCGAGGAUAUUUUUGUUAGUUAUCAUGCUGAGGAUGAUGUGCAAGCAACUUAUGCUGGAGCCCUAUUUCACAACAAUCGAAAUUAUCACGUGUCUUCUUGGAAGAAGAAUGAUACUCUUGUGUACUGGUCAUCAUCCCGUUGCCUUCCUGAGAGAAACGACCGUGCCAAGAGAUUUCUUGCAUUAUUACCUUAUCAUUCUUUUGGGAAGUGCUUAAACAAUGUUGGUGGCCUAGACAAGGCACUUUCUAUGUAUCCAGAAUGUGUAAAAGACCCUAUUUAUGCUCCUAAAUGGUGGGAUCAUUUACAUUGUGCCAUGUCUCACUAUAAGUUUGUCCUUGCCAUUGAGAACACUAUGACCGAGAGUUAUGUCACUGAGAAACUAUUCUAUGCCCUAGACGCUGGAGCUGUUCCUAUCUAUUUUGGAGCACCAAAUGUAUGGGACUUCGUGCCCCCAAAUUCGAUAAUAGAUGGUAGUAAGUAUAGUUCGCUGGAGGAACUGGCGUCUUACAUAAAGACACUUGCUAAUGACCCUGUUGCUUAUGCGGAAUAUCAUGCUUGGAGAAGAUGUGGUGUGCUUGGUAACUAUGGAAAGACUCGUGCAACAAGCAUCAACACGUUGCCCUGCCGUCUAUGUGAGGUAGUUAGUAGACGGGGCGGCCGGAGUGCCAGAAACCUUUGAUUUGCUCAUCAUCUCUAACGACUAGUAGAGAUCUGAGCUUUAUUUCAUUUUUGGGAUUAAAAUUUGUUGUAAAUGUGUGUUCAUUUGCUAGGUUAAAAGAAAGUAUAAAUAGGUUGUAUGAUGCUGAGAAUCACAUUGUAGUGAGAAUGAAAGUCAUUAGGUUAACUUCUUGUUUUCUUUAUGGCAUUCACUGUCUUUUGUA